AUGGCUGGGCAAGGCAGGCCGAAGGAUCGCGUCUUCGAGGUCAAAGUCGACUUCGGGACCGUCGCGAAGGCGCUCGGAGGCUUCGCCACGUUCUUUCACUCGCAGCCGGGGAACGCCGGCCCGAACCUCGACGAGCUGAGCGAGUCAGUGAUUCUGGGCCUGUCCUUCGAGGAGCGCGAGGGCGGCGGGUGGCUGCGCGAGGACCCCUUACCCACUGCGGUCCGCGCCGGCCCCGAGGCCCGCGAGCUGCUCGUGAAGGACUGCGCACACCUGUGCAGCGCGUCCUACGAGGACCUCGACGAGGCGGCUCGGCUCGGCGAGGCCCGCGGCUUCCACCUGGUCCGGGAUCUGUCUGACGGCGACGUGAAGGUGUUCGAAAAGGACGGCGCAGCGUACAUUGCGUGGCGCGGCACCGACCUGGACAAGUCGGCCGAGCGGGACCUCAGGGCCGGGAUCUCCGCGUUCAUCGGGGCCUGCUUCGUGCACAAACGCUUCCACGCGGCGCGCGACUUCGCGAAGAUGGUCAAGGAGCGGUUCAACGGCCGCGUACACCUGACGGGGCACUCCCUCGGCGGGGCGCUCGCAGCAAACGCCGCGCGCUGGCUGGGGCUGUUCUGCGACUCCUUCAACGCUCCGUCGUCGAUGCUCUCGCUCGGCUUGGCGCACGUCACGAGCGGGAUGUCGGCGAUGGCGAACCGCACCUUGUACGGGCACCUCGUCACGCUGCACCGCACCCCGCACGACUACGUGUCGAUGCUGAAUUUCACGGGCGGGGGGCGGCAGCGGAUACACCCCGAGAAGGACGCGGCGAACCCGCACGGCAUGGCGAACUUCAUGUAG